AUGCCUACGCCGAUGGCGUUGUCCCAAAAAGGUGAGGAGCGCGGUGCUGCGGGCGCUGGAGCAGCAGGCGGAGGUCGCCCCAGAGCUACAUUCGCUGCGCUGGGAGCUCGCCGCGCACACAGGCUGGCCAAGGCCCGCUACGGGAUGGCCUGGCACGUGGACAGCGCCCGCCACGUCGUGCGGCAGGUCGGCUGGGCGCUCUUCGGGCUCGCCAGGCUGCGCGGCUUCUGCGAGGCGAAGCUCGCCGUGCCCGGCGGGCAGUCCGGCCUCCUCAGGGCGGACCCCGCCCUGCCCGACGCGCGGCCGGCGCUGGACUGGGCGAUGGAGCUCCGGGGCGCGAUGGUCCUGGGCCUAGUACCGCUGGCACCUCGACCGCGGGCUGCUGCCUUCCUCCUGGCGCGCGUGCUCCGCCAGGGAGACGUCGUCUGCGAUUUCGGCGCGUUCGGUGGCCACUAUUCGCGAUGGCUUAACGACACUGGGCUGGUCACCGCGCUCGCUUUCGACGGCCUGCAUCGCGUGACGGAGCUCACGCGCGGCCGCGUGCGGCACGCGCGGCUCGACGCCCCCGGGCUCCGCGCCGGCCGCUGCGACGUGGCCCUGUGCCUCGAGGUCCUGGAGCACGUCCCGCGCCCGCGCGAGGCGGCGGCGCUGCAGAACCUGGCCCGCCACGCGCGGCGGGCCCUCGUGCUCAGCUGGGCGCCGCCGUGGGUGCCGGGCGAGGGGCACGUGAACCAGCGCACGCCCGAGGAGGCGCGCCGGGCGGUGGCGGCGGCCACGGGCCUGCGCCUCGACCCCGGGCUCACGGCCGAGGCGGCCGGCCGCGCCGAGGUGGACUGGCUGGCCGAGUCCGUGGCG